UGCAGGCCCGCGCGGGUGGCCGCAGGCGCCGCGUCCCCGCCCCUCCGCCAUGGCCGAUGUAGAGGACGGGGACGAGCUGGGCGCCCCCCUUUCGCACCCAGGUUCGGCGGGCUCCAAGGCGGGCGGUCCCGACAAGAUGUUCUCGCUGAAAAAGUGGAACGCGGUGGCCAUGUGGAGUUGGGAUGUGGAGUGCGACACCUGCGCCAUUUGCCGGGUGCAGGUCAUGGAUGCCUGUCUUAGAUGUCAAGCUGAAAACAAACAAGAAGAUUGUGUUGUGGUUUGGGGAGAGUGCAAUCAUUCCUUCCACAAUUGCUGCAUGUCCCUGUGGGUGAAACAGAAUAAUCGCUGUCCCCUCUGCCAGCAGGACUGGGUAGUCCAGAGAAUAGGCAAAUAAAAACACUGGAAGUUGGUGGUUUUUUUUUCGUUCGAAACUUGUUGAAACAGUGUAUGUCUGACACCUUCUGCUCCUACAGAAGAAUGGAACAUGUCAAUCGUGGCAUAAUUUAUUUAGUUUUAUCUGCUAGAAGAUAGGUGUGGCUUUGCUGUAUGCUGUUUGCUGUAGGAGGAGGGAAUGGUCAGUCUUAAUGCAGAUGUUUCCACAAUAAAAAAAAACAAGAGACACUAUGUUAACAAAUGUAUCUGUUAUGAUUUGAGUGUUAACUGUAUCAAAGCAUAGAAGUGUGGUAGUGCAGAUUAUACCCUAAAUACAGUUUAGUUAAUGUUUUUGUUUAGGUAAAUGAAUUAACUUGCAAGGAUGACUUUACCUGUAAGUCUGAAACACUGCAUAGUUUAUUGUUAGGAUCAAGAAAUGGUUUUCUGAGUAAUACUGUAUACAAAAACAGUCAGUGAGGUUUUUUAGGAAGUAUUCUGGGGUUUACUCUAAAUAGUGUGUAAAGCAUUUGCUAUAUGCUUUUUCUAUCACACUAUACUAAACAUUUCUAAUUUAGCUUUACGACUUCAGAAAAUUUUGUUUUCUUGUAUCUCUGUCUCUUGUUACAUUAUAUUCUAUGCAUGAUUUCCACAACCAUAGCAUUAAAAUUUAACUCCAUUCAUAA